AUGAGCUCAACAGUGUCAAGGCAAAGAGAACAGCGUAAGCUUGAUUUCAAAAAAACUGAAGAAACAAUUUCACGCUUACAAAGAUUACAGGAAAAUCGAUCAAGUGGAAAAUCAUCAGAAAAUCAUACUAGAUUAGCAACACCACAAUAUGAUCCUGAAAAUCCAUUCGAUGAUCGAUCCUUGAACGCUCAUGCGAGGGAAUUGACACUGAAUGAAGUUCGAUCUAGUCGAAAAAGUCCGUCAACAAACAAUGCCGUAACGAAAAGCAUAACACCGAGAGAGCCAAUUCGGACUCGGAGCGCACUCACAAAAAGUGAUCUUUCUCCUCCUUCUCUUUCAACCACACCACAAACUGCGAAAUCUGAAAAGCAGUCCUCUGACAGACCCAGAUUGAGACGAAGACAAACCACAGCAGAAGGUGAAGAUAAUGCAUCAAAAGUUGAGCAUAUAGAGACCCAAAGCCGACAAGACUACAGAUCAAGAACAAGUCGAGCCGAACAGCGCGAGAAGGAAUCUUCUCUAUCCUCACCACCCAAACGAUCUCCGCAGAAAGUGCGUAGAAGGACUGAUAUCUUUUCUACACCAGAAGUGAAGGAACAGCCCUCAAGAGGACAUUUGUCCGAAGAAACGAAGCAAGCAUUGGCAACAUUGGAAAAGACUUUGCAGCAGCUCAAAUCAUUAUCACCCGAAACAAGUAGGGUCGGAAAUGAUUCUCCGAUUGGUGCACGAUCGGAUUGCGCCAGUAAGCCUUUAGACUCAUCUAGUAGAAGACGCUUGAAUCGGGCUUUAUCGCCUUCGAAAGAGAGGAUUGAAUCGGAAAGGAAUCCCCGUGCUAGCUCUAGACAGAUGGAGACAACGGCUAAACCGGGCUCGGAUAUGUCCGAAAAGCCCAAACCACGAUCAUCAUUCUUGGCAAGAGUAGAACAAGCUCGAUCAUCACCACAGCCAGAGGAACAAAAGGAAGAACGUAAGGAAAAUACCCCAUUGCGAGCAGAAGCACAAACGCAAACCAAUCCAAUUCGAAGAAGACGAUCACUGUAUUCCUACACACCACCAAAGUUGGUUGACAAAGAACUGCAAUGCAAUUUGGGAGAAUACGAUCAUUCAGGCGAAACGUCUGCUUCUUCGAUCAAGAUUGGUGAAGAGAGUGUGGAUGAUCUUGUUCGUAGUCAUGGAACGGAAGAAGACGGAAAAGUACGUCAAUUCUUGCAAGGCGUUCGAAUUUUGGUGGAUGUACGAGAUCAAGAUGGAGAAGAUGCAUCAGCACUUUGGACGGAAAAGUUGCGAAAUGUAGGCGCAAAAGUGUAUACAAAAGUACCUCAAGUGCCAAGGAAGUCUAGAAGUAGUUCGAGCAACAAAGUGGAGACUGAAAAAGUAUAUGCACCCGCAGUGGAUUGUAUCAUUUACAAAAACGGAAAGCCAGCCACCCUACACUAUCAUCGUAGUCAAGUAGAAGCAGGACGUGAGCCUGUCAUCGUUGGAGUGAAUUGGAUCUUGCAUUGCUUACGCGAAGGCAAGAGAGUUGACGAAAACGAUUAUCUUGUCGAAGUGGGUAAACAAGCGAUCUUUUCCGGACGCAGAACAUCCAUGACCCCAAAACGAGCUCCUCCCUCAAACGAUCAAGUAAACCAAAGCAGCACUUCAUCACAAUCACAACCUCCUAAAUUGGCAGAUAUGCUGGCACGCAAAAAAGUUAUUCAAAAUGCUCCCGUUCGACCAAGUCCUCUUGCCAAUAAAUGUUGGAAUUUGGAUGCAUCCACCAGUUCUACGAUCUCAACAGCAACAACAACAAUCACAAAUUUUACCAUGAAUUCAACAACACGAUCUACAUAUACCCCUUCACGAUAG